AAAUUCUUCACUUCUAGAGACGAAGUGAUGCCAAAACACCUCUAAAAGAUGAAAUUAAUGUAUGUUAAUUCCACAGACCUAACCUAACAUGAGCUGCGACAUCAGAUGUAAUAAACUCCGAGCAGUACUUGAACGCGGCAGGAGUAGAAGCCGUGAGGAGUUCAGGGUCCACUUUACGGUCAGAUUGUAGUUUUUACUCUUUUAUUUCUGGAUGGAUCCUCAACCUCCACAGAAGCCGUGGGAGAGGAGGAUACCUGGAGCCAUGAGUGCACCUGUGAACUACAGGUCUGUAAACUUGGCCCCGCCUGUGGGCCCCUCAGGCUCUGUGGGCCCCCCCAUCCUGACCAGGAUGGCCCCCCCUGUGCCUCCUCGUUCUGUCCAGCAGGCCUACCGUCCCUCCUACGGCGCCUUCUCCUCCUCCUACAGCCCCUAUGGGAGCUCCAUGUAUGGUGGGAGCUCCAUGUACGGGGGGUACAGCCCCUACAGCUAUGGCGGGGGUUUUGGCGUGGGGGGGUACGGCCGCCUCCCCCACACGGAGGAAGUGGCACCCAGCCGGUUUGUGCAGCAGGCGGAGGAGAGCAGCAGGGGAGCGUUCCAGUCCAUCGAGAGCAUCGUGCAGGCCUUCUCCUCCGUCAGCAUGAUGCUGGACGCCACCUUCUCCGCCGUCUACAACAGCUUCAGAGCCGUGCUGGACGUGGCCAAUCACCUGACCCGCCUACGUGCUCACCUGACCCGCGUCCUGUCAGCCUUCGCUCUAGUACGCACGCUGCGUUACCUUUACCGCCGCCUGCAGAGGCUGCUGGGCCGGCGCUCUGACACUGAGGUGGAGGACUUGUGGGCAGACAGCGCCAGUGACACCCUGACUGCAGCUGGAGGGGCGGAGCUUCACACCCCAAAGUCCUGGCCCAUCUUCCUGUUCUUUGCUGUGGUCCUGGGGGGGCCGUACCUAAUCUGGAAGUUGCUGAGCUCUAGCCCCGCCCCCGAAGAGCAAGACUCAAACUGGGCGAGUGGUGAGGACGACCACGUGGUGGCUCGAGCAGAGUUUGAUUUCUCAGCAGCAUCAGAGGACGAGAUUUCUCUGAGAGCGGGAGACAUGCUGAACCUUGCUCCUAAAGAGCUUCAGCCCCGUGUGCGCGGCUGGCUGCUGGCGAGCGUGGGAGGUCAGAGGUCAGGACUCGUCCCUGCUAACUACGUGAAAGUUCUGGGGAAGAGGAGAGGACGGAGACACGCUCAGCUGCAGCAGGAGAACACACACACACACCCUGCCCCACAAAUAACCCCCUCACCCGGUCCAGACCCCCCCUCAGAGGAUCUGCUGGAGUGUGUGUUCACAGAAACACCUGCAUCAACCUGCAACCUACCUACACACACACAGACACACACACCUGACGAGAGUGACCUGUGAUGUGUGUGCACGCUAAAUAUGUGAAAAUGUUCAAUACUUCUAUACUUUACAGAAUCAACUGUUAAAAACAAGAUACUGAACAUAUGAACAAUCCUCACACACACACACACACACACAGACACACACACACACACACACACACACACACACAGACACACACUCUGUGUGUGUUCAUUGGUUAGUUUAAUGGUUUAACAUGUACACAGCUGAUCUUCACAUCAUGUAGAGAUGUUUACAUGAAUCAUUUCACUGUACACACACACCGGACAGACACGCACACACUGAGCCAGCGGUGAUACUAUAUAUAUGUGUGUGUGUGUGUGUGUGUGUGUGUGUGUGUGUGUGUGUGUGUGUGUGUGUGUGUGUGUGUGUGUGUGUGUGUGUGAGUGUGUGUGAUCUUCUCUGUGCUAUCCUCAGUAUGUUUCAGAAUAAAAGUGUAAGUUUCAGCUCUAACUCACAGAUAAAAGUGUAAAUAUUUAAUAUAAUUAUUUUGAAAUAAAACAUUUUAAAAUCA